CUGCACAUGUAGAGACAUGAUAUCUCCUACAAGUGUGUAACUAGUGAUGGAUUUCCGUGAACUCUUUAAAAUUGUUUAAUCGGAGAACAAUUGUGGAUCAAUGAUCGUUCAGCAGUAGAAAUGCAGCUAUUGUCUGAAGGAGAGCAGAUUUGAACUACAUGAGCGCUAAUCAGUAAAAGUUAACUAUGGACCGUUUCAUGUAUAUAUUGGUCGUUCUGGCUUAUAACGCCAUUUCCGGUGUCUGCAUUCGGACCGAAGAUCCAAGAAAAUAUCGAAACUCAGAGUUACCUACUUCACGACAUAGCCUUCAGAUACGAAUGAAGGAGCUUUUAAAAUUGGCGAUCAUAAGAGCAGAUAUAAUGCGGCGUAUAGGGAUCACGGAUCCUCCACAGCGCCCUACUUCUGCUCCACUACAUGAAUCCACCGAAUCGCCACAAAGGUCUCAUGGGAUUCCUUUCAAGCCGCUCGGCAUCACACGAAUUCUCUCAGAAUCACCAGACACUCGAGCAGACACGAACAUAAUUCAAUUUAAGCUUUCCAACAUUCCAUCCGAUAAUCGAACGGUUGUAGACAUAGUCCGUCUACUGGUGAGAGUCAAAUACAAGAAGAAAAUAAAGCAGGAAACUUUGGAAACUUUGUCAACAGAAUCAUCAAAUGAGGGCAACAAAGAUUCUGUAACGAAAAAGAGCAAACAGGGCAGAUGUCGUAAGCAAAUUUCGCAAAUCGAGCUAACUGUGUCCAAUGUGACGGUCGAUGGACAACAAGGAUCUGUGAUUAUGUCGGUAAAAUCGCGCAUAAGAAAGACUAAGUCCCUUCAGCUAACGUUACAUCCAGCCAUUAUUGAAAGCGUACUCAAUUCUGACGACCGCACAUUGAAGUUGCAUAUAGUUUGUAAUGGGUGUGGGAGUCAAGCUUCUUUGAUUCUUCUACACAAACUCAAGCAGCGAAAACAAACAAAACGCACAGGUGCGCCAAGAUUGUUACAGAAAAGGCGUCCAGUCUUAUUUAUUCAUUCUCAAAGCAUUUUGUUCUAGAUUCGCAUUUAAGGACUCGCUCAAGUUUUGGCAUCUUUUCUCUCUGUAUUGCAUCUGCAAACAGUCUAGCUUUGGUGGGGAAUGAUACCUUGCCGUUACAGUCUAGCAAAAAAGGAAGCCGACAUCUUAUCCACUCGCCAACAGGGAUUCGUAAGAAGCUGCCGUGUAUGUAAAUCUGAUUUAAAACAUUGAUAGCAUAACGUUAAGACGACAAUCAAGCAACCAAGCUACAGUAUUUUGUUGAAUCGCGUUAAUUUGGGCACUUUAUUUGAGCAUAUAUUAACAUUUGUUGAAGAGUCGCAAGAAGCUUAGGUUUAACACCAUUUAUGAUUUGCCACACUUUAUUUUAAAAUUAAUUCUUAAAAAGUGCAUUUUACUAACCAUAAACGAGAUCCUAAAAACAAUACUUGGUCACAUCAACAGAUAAAUAGCCAUCAAUUUAAGUUACAAGUUAUAAAGACAGUUGCAUACAUCGAAAUGUCAAAGAAAUCAAUAAAAUAUAUCAAGAGAGAAUUCCACUAUGACGUAGUAAAUACAGUACGAAAUAUUCUACAAAUGUAGAGUGAAAUGAUUAACAACACCUGCCUAAAAGAAUAGUGACAUCUCAAAGGGUGA